AUUGGGGACCAAAAUAGCAGUUUACCCAAUUUUUUCUAUUUGUUUAGAGAAUAUUUGUAGUUUAAGUUUUGAUUUAAUUUCCUACUCUUUACUGAUGACUUGGCAGAAGUGUUAACUUUUCAGGCUUGUCGGACGCUGGUAAUCUGGGAAGGAAUUUCAAGUGGAAACUUGCCAACAAAAGAACUCUAACACAGGCUGAAUUUUGAUUUGAAGUUUGUUUUCUAACAUAAUAAUGGAAGAUCAGUUUUUCUCUGAGGGAGAGGGAAUUGGGUGUUGGACACCUCCUGGCGUUCAAUUCGAUGGACCAAGCAUGAUAGACAACGGAAUAAAAAAUCUUGUAUCAGAGGAGAUGCUUGACAACCUCCCUGAUCUCAUGAACUUCGAUAACCUUGCUGGUUGGGGUAAUAUUCCAUCUGUGACUGAUCAUAAUUUAGAUAAUGGAAUUUCAUCACUUGCCUCUAUGCCGUAUUCUCCACAUGAUGCAUUCAGUUUAGUGGAACAGGCCAAUGAUCCAUACUUUAUGACAAAAGAUUGUGGAAAUUAUAAUGCUAUUGAAACCUCCUUGGGUUUCGAUGAGAAGGUUGUGUUACAGCAAUUGGAGACCCAACUUGGGUUGUCAGAAGAUGCAAAUGAUAUGAAUAACAUAAAUGGAUCACUUCAAGAAUUGAGUGCUGCUGACAUGGGAAAUUGCUUGGUGCCUAGACCAUUUGCUUGGUCGCUUGAUGAGAAAAUACUGAGGGCUAUGAACUUGUUUAAGGAAUCAGUUGGUGAUGGAAUAUUGACACAAGUUUGGGCACCAAUGAAGCAUGGUAAUGACUUCAUCUUAAGCACAAGUGAGCAACCCUAUUUGCUAGAUCACAUGCUAGCUGGAUAUCGAGACGUGUCGAGGGAAUUUACCUUUUCUGCUGAAGACAAACCAGGGUCUUUUCCAGGGCUUCCCGGACGUGUGUUUAUGUCCCAAAUUCCUGAAUGGACCUCCAAUGUUGGGUACUACAAUAAAAGUGAGUACAUGAGGGUGGAGCAUGCAAUUAAUCACGAGGUUCGUGGAUCAAUUGCGGUUCCCAUAAUUGAUACGCUCGCUGAACCACCUUGUUGUGCUGUACUAGAACUUGUCACUACAAAGGAAAAGCCUGAUUUUGACAAAGAACUAGAAAUUGUUAGCAGUGCACUCCAGCUUGUUAAUUUAAGGACUACUACACCUCCACGACUUAUGUCCCAGUGUCUAUCAAAUAACAAAAGAGCAGCUUUAACAGGGAUAAUUGAUGUGUUACGAGCUGUGUGUCAUGCGCAUAGUUUGCCACUGGCAUUGACAUGGAUCCCCUGUUAUCAUAGUGAGGGGAUAGGAGAUGAAGCUUCAAGAAUACGGAUUAAAGAUGGGGUUAAAAUUCCUGGUGAAAAAACUGUACUAUGCAUUGAAGAAUCAGCUAGCUAUAUAAAUGAUAUUGUGGUAGGAGGAUUUGUUCAUGCAUGUGUUGAACAUUAUCUCGAGGAAGGGCAAGGUGUAGCUGGGAAAGCUCUUCAAUCAAAUCGUCCAUUCUUCUAUUCCGAUGUGAAGGCCUAUAAUAUUAGUGAAUAUCCCCUUGUUCACCAUGCGCGAAAAUAUAAGUUGAAUGCUGCCGUUGCAGUCAGGCUAAGGAGUACUCAUACCAAUGAUGAUGAUUACAUAAUAGAAUUCUUUCUACCUGUCAAUAUGAAUGGAAGUCAAGAACAGCAACUUUUAUUAAACAAUCUAUCAGAUACUAUGCAGAGAAUGUGUCAGAGUUUGAGGACAGUUUCGGAUGCUGAAUUAUACGGGAUAGAAGGUUCGCAAGUGCAGUUUUCAAAGGAAGAAGGCUCUCAUAUGGCGCCGGAUGGUGACCAUGAUUCGGUCCAGCCUAUGUCCUUGACAAACAAUGAAACUGAAGCUGCUCAUAACCAGGCAAUGGAUGGAUCAAGAAAGCAGAUUGAGAAAAAGAAAAGUCCAGUGGAGAAGAAUGUUAGCUUGAGUGUUCUCCAGCAAUACUUCUCCGGUAGUCUUAAAGAUGCGGCUAAAAGCCUUGGUGUUUGCCCAACAACCCUGAAAAGGAUAUGCAGGCAACACGGAAUUGCAAGAUGGCCAUCGCGCAAGAUCAAUAAAGUUAAUCGUUCGUUAAAAAAAAUACAAACCGUGCUUGACUCAGUCCAGGGUGUGGAAGGAGGACUGAAGUUUGAUCCUUACAAGGGGGGAUUUAUGCCAGGAGGAUCAAGCAACCAAGAAAUUAAUGCACAUAAAAGUUCUCUCUUCCGGAAGAAAUGUUCUGGAAAAUAUCCUGAUCCUGCAUCAAAAGAUGCGGUCACCGUAUCUCCGGCAUCUGGUGGCAAAGAUUCAAAACCAAUAGGCAUGGAUGAUGGUGGAUUACGGCAAGAACCCUUUCUGGUUUCUAUUUUGGAAAGUUCUAGGUGUGAUAUAGCAUAUCACAGUCCAAACACCCUGGUUGCCGAUGAGAUGGAAAAUUAUCUGAAUGGGGCUGACAAGCUCGGCGAGCAUCACAAUCCCACUACUUCAAGCAUGUCAGACUCGUCAAAUGGCUCUGGCUCUCGGAAAUUUGAGAAUCGGAAACAUUUGAAAGCCAAAUCACCUUGUGUUGAUAAGGGAUCAAAAUUUAUUGUCAAAGCUGCCUACAAAGAAGAUAUGAUCCGUUUCAAGUUUGAUCCUGCAGCUGGUUGUCUCCAGCUCUAUGAAGAAGUUGCAACAAGAUUCGACGAUGAAGAGGAAUGGAUGAGGAUGGUAAAUGACUCAGAUUUGGAAGAAUGCAUAGAAAUAUUGGAUGAUCUUGGCACCCGUGCUGUGAAAUUUCUUGUUAGCGACAUGCCUAGUGGUUUGAGCAGCCGUGGCAGUAACAGUUGAUGAAUUCAAUGAAGCACAAUAAAUCUUUGAUUCAAAUAACCCCAAUGACAUAUCCAAGAUGAAGACGUUUCUAUGAAAUUUUUUGGAUGUGGCAUUGAGAUUAUUUGGAUCAAAUAUUUCUUGUAAUUUAAUCUUUAUAGAAGAAAGAACCUUAAAGCAU